GUUCUCUUGGAUCUCCCCCCGUCCGUGUCGUAGAAGCGUGCACACGCAGGAGGCACCUCUUUGGCGUCUCCUCAACUUCCUGGAUUAUUUUCACCCACACUGAGACCCCUAGAGUGUCCAAAAGCCCUCGGAAAGCCUCCAACAGCCCCCCAACCACCUGAAACAGUGAAAUCUCUGUCGUGUGAAUUCCAAUCAGCCCUGAACGUCGAAUCGGGGUUACGGUUUUUAUUGGUUAUGGGACGUUGAGGGAGAUCCCGAAGUGCUCAACUCAGCUCCGUGUCCAUGUGUACGUGUAUGUGUGUGGAAUUCGCAGCGCCAUUUUGAAAAAUUCUGCCUAUUAUUUCCGUCCCGUGGAGAAGUUGUCCGAAGGGGUAAAUCGAACAGCAGCGGUGGACCGAUGGAAGGCACGUUGGAAGAUCCACUGGUCAAGGAGCCAUCCCACGAGAAUCCUGACAUUGUGAAAGAUGCAGUUAUUCCCAAUGGCGUCAAUGGUGACUGCACUGCUGAUGCGGAGCAUCACGAGGACGAGCAGGAGGACAAAACACUCGAGGGAAUGGAGGUUGAAGAGUCCCCGAGUGGGGAGGGGAAUCCCGAUGGCCACGAGGAUGACGAGGAGAUUGAUGCUCCUGACAACACCAGCCUAGUGGACACAACUGAGGCCAACGACAAUGACGUUGAUAAUACCGAGGGUGUGAGUGAUGAUAACAAUAUUAGUGAAGUGAAAGAAACUGAAAAAAAUGAAGAUAAUUGUGAUGAAUCAAUGGAUGUUGAUCGUCAGAGCAGUACAUCGGACAUUGAGUGUCUUGAUGAGGGGUUGGGGGAUAACGUUAAGACUAUUGAUCUUCACGAGAUUGAUGAUGUCAACGAGAUUAUCGAUGACACUAAGAAUGACGAGGAUCCACUCAAUGCCAGUGUCGAGACAAUAUCGAGUGUUGAUAAUUCGGAUUUGAAAAUUGUGGAGGAGAAUGGAAGUGUUGGGAGUAUUGGUAGUCCCGAUAUUGAGGAGAUCACUGAGGGAAAGAGCAAUGGGCACAACACCAGUGGUGAACGUUCACCCAAUGCACCCAAGAAGAAGCCAAGAGCGAAGAUUGAUUUGAGUAACAUAACACCGAGGAGGAGCUCGAGGAACAUUAAACGAACUAGUUACAUUGAGAAGGAGCCUGAUGAGCCUGAGGACGAUGGCUCGGACAUCGAGGAGAUCAAGCCUGAGGACCCUCUUGCCUGCGUUGUCGAUGGCAAGGACAAGGAGAACAGCAAGCUCAAGUCACCUUUGAAGUCCAGCAAAACUACUAUUGUUGUCAAUGACACUAAACGUCUGGUGGAAAUUGCUGCUGGAAGCAAGUGCACCAAAGGUGGCAAGAAGGAGCCAACACUCGUCAUUAUUGACACCAAUUCCAUUCUCUCUGGACGUGGGGGUGUACCAGUGAGCAGUAAAUCACACUCAUCGAGCUCGAGUGCAUUCUCGGUUAUGCCUGUCAAUCUCUCUGGCUCCACGACAAUGUACCCCAACAUGAGAACAACGAUAACACCUGUACCAAUGACGUCCAAGUCGACACCACAGUUGAGCCCCAAAUUGGGGAGCAGCAUGACAGCAGUGCCAACACCACCACCACCAGCACCACAAAUCCUGCCAACUCUCACUGACGAUAUGUUUGUGGUGGAGGCACCGUCGUUCAUCGUUCCCUAUGUCUAUGAGAAACCUCCACUCAAGCCGCUGAAGGAAUUUGUCACGAAAUUGGAGAAGUGCAUCAAGGAGAGGGAUCGGGAGGAUCGAGAGAGGGAGGAGAAGGAGAGGGAGGAGAAGAAACUUAGUAAGGAUAAGGACAAGGACGACUCGUCUGAGCAGAAUGACAGCGACAAUGACGAGGAUAUUCUGGAGAAGAAGGAGGAGUCGGAGCUUGAUGUUGCACCAAAAUUUACCGACGACAGGGAGAAGGGGGAGGAGAGGAAUAAAGUACAAACGUACUUUGAUUUGCCACUAGGAAAAUUCUUCAUGCAGAUUGGGGUUAAUCUUGUUCAGGAAUUCGUACAAACUGAUUUGUUGAGACAGCAGAAGCAUAAGCAGAGAAAGGGGGGACAGGCGUCUGCUGAGACACAAAUAGCGAUUAAUUCAUUGAUUAAAAAUCUAGAAUUUAGUAAAGAGAAUAAUGAACCAUUCCACUUAGAAAUGAAAAAGUGUGAAUUUUGUAGCUUUAAAACUGAAUCAUCACUCGUUAUGCAGCAUCAUCUUGAGACACCCCAUAUGCGUAAUUACGUGUACAAGUGUAAUUUUUGCCCACUGGAGGUGCGCAGCCCUCAUGAUAUACUUUUUCAUAUGGAGGCUGAGCAUAAUACGCGCGCGAAACUCGAGAGGGGUCCUGCUUUUCAUCAGUGUCCCAAUUGUCCGUUUGAGGACAAUCAGAAGGGCAAGUUGACGAGGCACAUUCUCACUUGUGCCAAGAAAUUCAGGCCUGAGAGGAAUCUCGAGCCCUCUGGGGACUGGGAACCACCAGCCAAGAUACCGAGAUUGAAUCGUCCACGUCCAGUGGGCCCUCUCAAUACCAAUGCCAUUGCUAUGGCCAUGGGGGCCAAGGGGCCUCAGCCACUGCUGCCCAAGUUGCUGCCAGCGCCCAUGGCUGGACGCGGACGGGGGAGACCGCCCAUGCAGCCUAGGUACACUGAUAUGAAGGCGCUGAGACCUGGUGGGACACCUGUUCGGCAAGAUAAUGUCGCUGGGAUGAUGUAUCGUCCAACGUCCUCAGGGCUCCUAGUGCCAACAUCGUAUCAAUUUGGCAGUAACCAAAUAUUCCAGAAUACAUCAAUAACGGCGUCGAAGAAUCCAGCGGCGAAGUUGUUGAGCCAACCGAGUAUAUCGAUAACCCCAUUGCCACGUACCACGACUCAAGCGCCAAUCUCUGGGUCAGGUUCUUCGUCCAAGCCCGGGGGUAAAAAUUCAUUUGUCAUAUGCGAAAUAUGUGACGGAUACAUAAAGGACUUGGAACAACUUCGCAAUCACAUGCAGUGGAUCCACAAAGUCAAGAUACAUCCAAAGAUGAUCUACAACAGACCUCCACUCAACUGCCAGAAGUGUCAGUUCCGAUUCUUCACGGAUCAAGGAUUGGAAAGACAUUUACUGGGAUCUCAUGGACUCGUUACGUCCAGUAUGCAGGAGGCUGCGAACAAGGGGAAGGAUGCUGGUCGUUGUCCAGCAUGCGGCAGGGUGUAUCAAUGGAAACUACUGAACCACGUGGCGCGAGAUCACGGAAUGACCCUGAAGCCAGCCCAUCUCUCCUACAAAUGUACAGUAUGCACUGCCACAUUCGGAAUGUACAAGCAAUUCGAGAAUCACGUAUACUCAGCCCAUAGUGUGGUUGCUAAACGCGUAAUGGACAAGAAGAGUACCCCAUCAUCACCCUCAUCGAGAUCAAACGAUUCCCUACUGAAGCCACUGAAAAUAAACGACGAAAUAACGAUUAUUCCCCAACCAGCUAAGCCAACAACUAGAUCGGGUAACACACAAGGCAGAAGCAAAUAGCAAACGUCUGACGAGUGAUACGUGUGUCUAUUCUCAAUGAAUCUUCGUGAAUAUACCUAAUCAGGUACACAAUCAACUGAUACGACGAUAAAUAAAAUCGUAAGAGUUGUUCGCUGUUGGAACAGAACUCUUGAUUCGUCAGACAGUCUGUUCCACCUCAUGAGAACACGAGUAACUGUGAGUGUAUGCAUAAUACAUUAAUGUCCAUGUUACACUCCACUGAAACUUCAAUUCUCCCAAAACAAUAGAAUAUUAACAGAAAUAAAAAUAAAUAAAAAAUUGACGAAACACAAAUUGAACAGAUACACAACUCGAUGAAUAAAAUAAAUAACAUACUAGUUGACUGCGUAAUAAUAUUCCAUCGACGAUUAUACCGAUAUAUUUAUUUAAGAAUUUUUAUUGUUGUUAUCGGACAUACAUUAAUGAAAGAAAAAAAAAUAGACUGUAAAAAAAUAAUGAUUAUUAAAGAAAAAUGGGUGGCCUUCAGUAUGACUCCUUUGGUUGAUCCUGAAGACUCGUAUUCCCGAUAUGAAGAAUUAAUGAAACACUUAUUAAAUAUAUGAGGAAUAAUGUGAAACAUCGCCUACACCGAUUAGCCGUAAAAAUUUCAUUAUUAAAAUGUGGAAAGGAAAACUUUAAGUUGUGUGUUUGGAUUUUGAAUUUCUCACUGUGUGAAAAUUACUCGUGCGAUUUCAAGGAAAAUGAGUAAUAAAUAAUUGGAGAGUAGUGUUUAUAUAUAUAUAUUUUAUAAAGUUUCCAGGGAAGUUUAAAUGUGCGACUUCAUCAUUGUUUCUGUCCUUGAAUUCUUCUUUUGGCGUUGGAAACGCCAAUUUGGAUGUGUAUUCAGAUUUAUUGAUUUUUUACACACACAGGGCUCCAGCAGCACGCGAUUGAUUUUUUUUAAUGAUGAGAGGUGAAGAUAAAGUCAUUUGAUAGAUUUUAAAUUUAAUUCUGAAUGUGCACAUUUGAUUAUAACAAUGAAUUUUGAAAAGAACAUUGUUGUCUAUUAAUUUAAAUAAAUUCAACUGAUACUCCUGACGAAUAUUUUUCUAACGAAUCAUUGGGGAAUCUUUCACUUUCAUUCACGCUUCAUUAUCAUUCUUCAUCGUAUAAAUAGAAAAUAAAAGGAAUAGAGUAAUGAAAAAAAGCAUUGUAGAACUGUGUGUAUGGAAUUUAAUUUAAAUAAUACGAUGUAAACGUCGUCAAGGGGGUAAUCGGAUAAACAAGAUAAUGAAAAAGCUGUAAAUUGUAUCUAUUUACUAUAAGUUGGACUAAUUAUCAGUCCGGACAUCUUGUAAUAAAAAAAAAUGAAAAAAAAAAAUUGAAAAAAAAAAUACCAACAGAAAAAUAAUACCGUUUUAUUUUUGCGCUCUUAAUAAGAACAAAAGGAUGGAAAAUUGUACAUUAACAUAGGAUAUGAUAUAAACAAAAAUAUAUCAAUAAAGUAUCAUAGGAUGGCACGUACGCGUAUUCAUGCAUUUUUUUUUCUUUUUGCCAAAAAGUAAAAAAAAAUUUAAAUACAGAAUAUAAACAGGAAAUGAUGAACUGUGGGGGAAUGAAACCAGAAAGCAGGUAAACAAUUUUUCUUUUACAUGCAAAAACUCGAAAAUAAUAGGUUCAUCAUAUAAUCCCAAUGUAGAUAGUCGUUCGAGAUGAAAAAUUGCUGAGAAAAAGGAAAAAAAAACAUUGAUAAAUGGAGAGUAACGAAUUUAAUUUAAAUGGAUAAUUUCUUUAUGCCUGUAUGAUCAUUUUUGUACAUUAACUGAUAGGUGAAUAAUUAAUUUUAAACGAUGAAAAAGAAAAUAAAGAACAACCCUGUAUUCAUGCGAAAGUUAUUAAUGAAAGGAAAAAAUACUGAUGCGUUUUGUCGCAACGAGUGGCUGUAUUAUUCGAUCUCUGGCAGUGGUCAGAUUAUAUAUUUACUGAUGAAAAAGAUAAACUAAAAACAUUGUUGGUAGUACUACUGAAUAACUAGCAUUCGUACAAACAACACAUUACAGAAACAAUGGGACAAACAAAAUUGACAAAUUGAAAUAAAUGAAAUUAAUAUUGUUUACUGUAAUUCAAUUUGUACAUUAUAAAAUGGUGAUGACGUGAUUGCAUAAAUAAAGUGUACCAACAUUGUA